AUGCCAAGGAGCAAGGCUGGUGUUUUUCGCCAAAAUAUUUCCGAAACGGAUAUGCUUAAUGCAGUGAAUUUUGUGCUUCAACAAAAAAUGAGUUUAAGUAAAGCUGCAAGACAUUGCAACAUUAAAAAACCAUCUUUAAUAUACCAGUUAAAGCAAUUUAAAAAAUCUGGUAGUUGCGAAUAUUUAUAUUCGCAUACCAAACCAAAAAAAAAUAUUCUCAACAGAAGAAGAGUUAAUAUUGGUAAACUACUUGGUGAACAAUGGCUACGAGAUUUUCGCAAAAGAUAUAAUAACAAGCUACGUAAACCACAACCUACAAGUCUUGGUAGAUCUUCUGCAUUCAAUAGAGAAACCGUAAAAAUUGUAUAUAAAAAUUACAAAAAUGUUUUAGAACGUUAUCAUUUUGAUCCAUCAAAUAUUUGGAACUGUGAUGAAACAGGAAUUACCACAGUUCACGUACCACCAAAAAUUCUAGCUCCAAAAGGCAAAAAACAAAUAGGGAGCAUAACUAGUGCUGAACGAGGCAAUAAUGUAACAAUGAUUGCAGCCAUUAAUGCUACUGGAAAUAGCAUCCCACCAUUACUUGUAUUUCCACGUGCUAAAUUCAAAGAUCACAUGUUAAAUAAUUGUCCUCCUGGAAGUGUAGGAGCAGCUAAUAAGUCCGGAUGGUCAAAUGAAGUCAUUUUUCUGCAAUUUCUUGAACAUUUUAUUAAUAAUGUACGACCAUCAAUUGAAAAACCUGUUCUUUUAUUAAUGGAUAAUCAUGAGAGUCAUGUAAACAUUUCUGUUAUUGAGUUAGCAAAAAAAUCAGGUAUAGUUUUAAUGACAUUUCAUCCUCACACAACCCAUAUAAUGCAACCUCUUGAUCGUGGUAUUUUUGGACCAUUUAAAACUUUUUAUAACAAUGCCAUGAAUAACUGGAUGAUAUCACCAGGUAAUGCUGGUAAACCAUUUACAAUUUAUGAUAUAUCUUACCUUGUUGGUCAAGCUUAUCCUCAUGCUUUUGUACCAAAUAAUAUUAUAAACAGUUUUAAAUGUACUGGAUUUUAUCCAUUUAAUGAAAAUAUUUUCACUGAUAUUGACUUUUUAGCUGCAAAUGUUACUGAUAGGCCAAUGGUGAAUACUGAAGCUUACAUUUCUAAUGAAAGUAUUAAUGUUAAAACUGCUCAAUCCAGUUUACCAUCAACAUCAUCUAUUAUAAUACGACCUCAUCCUGAAGCCAAAUUAAGAAAAACAAAUACUUCAAAAAGACGCAAGGGAAAAUCACGUAUUUUAACUGAUACACCUGAAAUUAAAGUUAUUUUAGAUGCAAAAUCUAAUAACCAACAACUUAAAAAGUCCUCUUCAAGCAAAAGAAAAAAAAUGGCAAAACAGAUUAUUUUUAGUCAGUCUGACAUGUGUUUAAAUAAUGAAAGCUCUGAUGAAAUUGAUUUUGGAGUAAAUAUACUUGAUGAUGAAAGUGAAAUUGUUUCUGGAAGUUUUUUAAUUGUCAAGUUGGUCGGAAAGAAAUACUCUAGACUUUAUGUAGCAGAAGUUAUAGAAGUUGUUGAUAUUAUUAUGAAACUUCCACCACCAAGUAUUGGUGGUGGUUCAUCUAAACGUCAGUAUCUUAUGUUUGAUGUUGAUCUGACUAUUUGUAAUAAUUAA